AGUGCAAACAUGGGCUCCGUGUUCUGCUAUUGCUGUUUCUACAACGGAAUCUGCCACUUCAAGUCUGAUCACUGAAUCUUCACUCAAUGGACUCCGAAUGCCUCAUCCAUUCUUCCCUCCUUCCAGCGCACCAAGCACUAUCAAGAUCAAAAUGAUUAGAAUAGCCACUGCUGAUUGAUACUCCUACUGCUAGGGUACGGAUUGCGACACCGACAUCCUUGUCUGAAACCGAGUCAAGCCAGGUCAAAGACAGUGAACACAAUCAAUCAGCAGUGCCCACCUUGGUCCUUGUACUCUCCCUUCUCCUACAAAGCUCCGCAGCUCACCGCAGAGCAAGGCUUCUUCUUCUUCUUCUUCUUCUGUGUCUUCAGUCCAUAGUUGCUUCCUAGCUCUCCGUGCAGGCAUGAAGUCCACAGCACUGGUGCUGCUAACACUGGCAGCCCAUGUGUUGCUGGCGCAGUGCCACCGGCCGGAGAUCCACGACACCGGCGGGCUGAGCCGCGGCGCCUUCCCGGAGGGUUUCGUGUUCGGGACGGCCGCGUCGGCGUACCAGGUGGAGGGCAUGGCGAAAAGGGGUGGCCGAGGGCCUAGCAUCUGGGACGCCUUCAUAGAGAUUCCAGGGAUGAUCUCCGGCAAUGGCACCGCCGACGUGGCGGUCGAUGAGUAUCAUAGGUACAAGGAAGAUGUGGACAUAAUGAAGAGCAUGGGCUUUGAUGCAUACCGAUUUUCGAUCUCCUGGUCGAGGAUUUUUCCGAAUGGAGCUGGAAAGGUGAACCAGGAAGGAGUGGAUUACUACAACAGGCUCAUAGAUUACAUGCUUCAGCAAGGCAUCACUCCAUAUGCAAACCUCUAUCACUAUGACCUCCCACUGGCACUCCAUCAGCAGUACCUAGGCUGGCUAAGCCCAAAGAUUGUGGAGGCGUUUGCGGACUAUGCCGAUUUCUGCUUCAAGGUGUUCGGGGACAGGGUGAAGAACUGGUUUACAUUCAAUGAGCCGAGGUGUGUUGCUGCUCUGGGCUACGACAAUGGCUACCAUGCACCGGGUAGGUGUUCUCAGUGCACUGCAGGAGGCAACUCGAUGACGGAGCCAUACCUUGUCGCGCACCAUCUCAUCCUUUCUCAUGCUGCUGCAGUGAAGCGGUACCGCGAGAAGUACCAGCAUCACCAAAAGGGAAAGAUCGGAAUUCUCUUAGAUUUUGUUUGGUACGAACCUCUUAGCAAGAGCAAAGCGGACCAAGCUGCAGCACAGAGGGCAAGGGACUUCCACCUUGGAUGGUUCCUUGACCCCAUUGUCCAUGGUCAGUACCCAGAGUCGAUGCUCAAGAUUGUCGAAGGCAGGCUUCCGACAUUCAGCCACGAGGAGUCAAGGAUGGUGAAAGGCUCAAUGGACUAUGUGGGUAUCAACCACUACACUUCUUAUUACAUGAAGGACCCUGGGGCAUGGAACCUGACGCCGGUCAGUUACCAGGACGAUUGGCAUGUUGGAUUUGUCUAUGAACGAAAUGGUGUGCCUAUUGGAGCUCGUGCAAACUCCUACUGGCUUUACAUUGUGCCAUGGGGAAUCAACAAGGCUGUGACCUAUGUUAAGGAAAGAUACGGAAAUCCUACAAUGUUCCUUUCUGAAAACGGAAUGGACCAGCCCGGUAAUGUGAGCAUCACUGAGGGAGUGCACGACACAGUAAGGGUCCGGUACUAUAGAGAGUACAUAACUGAGCUGAAGAAGGUGAUAGACGAUGGAGCCAGAGUUAUUGGGUACUUUGCAUGGUCUCUGCUUGACAACUUCGAGUGGAGACUCGGCUACACUUCUCGAUUUGGCAUCGUCUAUGUGGACUACAAGACUCUGAAGAGGUACCCCAAGGACUCAGCCUUCUGGUUCAAGAACAUGCUCUCCAAGAAGAGGAGCUAGGAUAGAAAACAAGACCCAAGAGGAUCAAGUGCUUCAGCUUUCAGAACAAAUCCAACCGUAGCGUAUGUUCAUCUAAGCACAUCAGAUUUAGCCUUAAGAAACUUGGAAUAAUAAGCGUCCCGGUAGUUUCUUUGCCAGUUCAUACAAUGCAAUGAGAAAUAAAGAGAUCUGUUUUAAAA